UGGAACUGGGAGUGGAACUGGGAGUGGAACUGGGAGGGACCGGGACCUCCCAGAGGAGAGGGGCUGAAAGUCUGGACAGCAGCUGAGUCGAGGCUCGGUCUGCAGAGAGGACUGCUGGGUUCCUGGUGCUGCAGCUUCAGGACGGACGGAGGAACAAAAUUCCAUUGAAAAUGCUGCCACGCUGCGCUGUCAUCCUAUUGGUGCUACUGAAGCUAGGCCACGCCCAGUAUGAGCACCUGGGUUACCCACCCGGCUACCCUGACCCGGAACAGGAACAGUACACGGCUCCUCAGCUGGCCCCAGACACGCCCAGGAUUCAGCUCCGCCUGGCUGGAGAUAAGAGGAAGCACAACGAGGGCCGGGUGGAGGUCUUCUACAACGGAGAGUGGGGGACGGUCUGCGAUGACGACUUCACCAUCCACGCUGCUCAGGUGGUGUGUCGGGAGCUGGGCUACCUGGAAGCCAUCUCAUGGUCACCAUCUUCAAAGUAUGGGAAAGGAGAAGGACCCAUCUGGUUCGACAAUCUCCACUGCACUGGCAAAGAGAAGACUUUAGCGCUGUGUCCGUCCAACGGGAUCGGCGUUUCUGACUGCAAACACAGUGAAGACGUAGGCGUGGUGUGCAGCGACAAGAGGAUCCCGGGAUUUAAAUUUGUCAACACGUUGCCCAACCAUGUAGAGAACCUUGAUAUUCAGGUGGAGGAUGUGCGGAUUCGAGCCAUCCUGUCAUCGUACCGUAAGCGGAUCCCUGUGACUGAGGGCUACGUGGAGGUCAAGGAUGGCGGCAAAUGGAAGCAGAUCUGUAACGCAGAGUGGACCCAGUUUAACAGCAGAGUCAUCUGUGGCAUGUUCGGCUUCCCUGGGGAGAGGAAGUACAACGCCAGGGUCUACAAGAUGUUUGCUCGCAGGAGGAAGCCCACCUACUGGGAAUACUCCGUCAACUGCACUGGAAACGAAGCCCAUCUCUCCAGCUGCAAACUGGGCCAGGCUACAGCCCUGAAGUCCAAUGAGACGUGCAGCGGAGGGCUGCCGGUGGUGGUGAGCUGCGUUCCCGGUAGAGCCUUCGCACCGACGCCCAUGACGGGAUUCAGGAAGGCCUUCCGACAAGAGCAGCCGUUGGUUCGUCUCCGUGGCGGGGCCAUCGUGGGCGAGGGCCGAGUGGAGGUGCUGAAAAAUGGAGAGUGGGGCACCAUAUGUGAUGACAACUGGAACCUGCUGUCUGCCACCGUGGUGUGUCGAGAGCUGGGCUUCGGUACGGCAAAGGAGGCCCUGUCUGGAGGUCGCCUGGGACAAGGUAUGGGCCCGGUGCAUAUGAAUGAGGUGGAGUGCUCUGGAUUUGAGAAGUCCAUAACUGAGUGUUUCUUCAACAAGGAGGCUGUGGAUUGCAGCCAUGAGGAGGAUGCAGCCGUCAGAUGUAACGUUCCUGCUAUGGGCUUCCAGGAGAGGCUGCGCCUGAGUGGAGGCCGUAACCCCUACGAAGGCCGUGUGGAGGUGCUGAUGGAGAAGAACGGCUCUCUGGUGUGGGGGACGGUGUGCAGCGAGGGCUGGGGAACCAUGGAGGCCAUGGUGGUCUGCAGACAGCUGGGCCUGGGCUUCGCCAGCAACGCUUUCCAGGAGACGUGGUACUGGCCGGGGGAGGUGAGUGCCGACGCCGUGGUGAUGAGCGGCGUUCGCUGCUCUGGAACGGAGAUGUCUCUGUCCCACUGUCUGCACCACGGACACCACCUCAGCUGCUCCAAGGGAGGCGGACGCAACGCCGCCGGAGUGUCCUGCUCCGAGACGGCUCCUGACCUGGUGCUGAACCCUCAGGUGGUGGAGCAGACCACCUACAUGGAGGACCGUCCUAUGUUCAUGCUGCAGUGUGCCUACGAGGAGAACUGUCUGUCCUCCACGUCCAGCCAGGUCCCGGCCAACUCCUACCGCCGCCUGCUGCGCUUCUCCUCCCAGAUCCACAACAACGGACAGUCGGACUUCCGGCCCAAAGCUGGUAGACAUUCCUGGGUGUGGCACGACUGUCACAGGCAUUAUCACAGCAUGGAGGUGUUCACCAUCUAUGACCUGUUCAGCCUCAAUGGAACCAAAGUGGCAGAAGGACACAAAGCGAGCUUCUGUCUGGAGGACUCGGAGUGUGAUGAAGGGAUUGAAAAAAGGUACGAGUGUGCUAACUUUGGAGAGCAGGGCAUCACUGUGGGCUGCUGGGAUACCUACAGACAUGACAUCGACUGCCAGUGGAUUGACAUCACCGAGCUCAAACCUGGGGAUUACAUUUUCCAGAUUAUAAUCAAUCCAAACUAUGAAGUGCCAGAGUCAGACUACAGCAAUAACAUCAUGAAAUGCAGAUGUCGAUACGAUGGUCACCGUGUGUGGAUGUACAGCUGCCAUAACGGUGGCUCAUUAAGCACUGAAACAGAACAGACGUUCCCAGGCCUCCUCAACAACCAGGUGACCCACAGGUAAAGAAGAACGAAGCCAACCGGCCGUUCCCUCCAGCAGGACGACUGUCUGACGCCCACCAACCGCUGCACAUCUCCAUCUGUGCUGGAUUCCUCCUGCCAGCUAUGUCCUGGUCCAACCGUCUCUUUUUAUGUCUCCUCUUCUAUGAAGCAGCAGCUUUCUUUGACCCUCAGCCCUCCUCUUUUCCUUCAGCAGAGAGAUGAUUUGAUUCCCCUCCUGUCUAGACAGAGGCAGCUGCAGCUUCACCAACACUUCCUUGGUUCAGAUCAGGAGGCUGGUGAAGCUCUUUGCAUGCUCUGUGACUGAGAGACCUUUUUACUUUUUAAUGAGUGCUGAAUAAACCUGCAGGUUAGUGGCAGCAGCGGGGAACGUCAUCAAGAAUGUGCUUUUUUUAAUGGAACUCUGCUGCAGUGUUUUUUGUUCAAAGCUCUCCUUGGAGAGUUUGGGUUUUUGUACCUGAAGAUUGAGAGAAUUAUCAGUGUGGCAGCACAGGUCAUUUUCUUCCACUUUUCAACAGUUUCACAGAGUGCCUUUUACACACUGAAGUCCAGACACAGUGAGGUUAUGUUCCACAGGCGUUCCUACUGCAUGCCGGGUAUUUAAGGUGAAGGCACAAGCUUCACAUCUCCACUGAGGGCUAAAUGAGCUGCAGCAGAAGCAAGUCCUCAGAAAGCAAACCACCCGUUCAUCACCAAUUACAGAUGCUAAUUGCCUGAUUCAGCUGCAGGACUAAUCUACCAUGGCUGAAACGUGACGUACUAAAGUGCCUCUAAUCUGCUCUGCAAAGUGAAUGGGCUAGAGUGAAAUUACAUUUCAAUAACAGAGGUGCACUACUGUGUUGUACAGGUGUAGUGGAAGCAAUCUCAUUUAACAUAGAUAGAAAUGUUAUUCUUAUUUUUUCUGUUUUCAUGUAGCAGUAUGUGUCUGAAGCAAACGUUCUUUUUGCCUUUACAUUCAUUCCACCUCCCUUCUUUAAGACCUCCAGUCUCUGAUGGUGUGUGUCCACAGGAUCCAUCGCCUUCAUCGUCCAUGGAAACCGCUCUGCAGUGCAUUCUGGGAGCAUCGCUUUGCAUUUCUAGAGAAGUGCCAUCGCAUUUCCUGCUCCUCAUUUGCAUAGUCAACCAUAAAGGUCCUCACAUCAUUUACAACUGAGUGUUUUCAGUUCAAGCAGGUUUGACUUCAGUGACCUGAAAAGAUGUGUUACAUUAAGCUAAUUGAUUAAUUGGUCACUGAUCGCGGGCUGCACAGUGGUGUAGUGGUUAGCACUUUCGCCUUGCAGCGAGAAGAUCCCUGGUUAGCGUCCUGGCUUUCCCGGGAUCUUUCUGCAUGGAGUUUGCAUGUUCUCCCUGUGCAUGCGUGGGUUUUCUCCGGGUACUCCGGCUUCCUCCCACAGUCCAAAAAUAUCCUGAGGUUAAUUGAUUAUUCUAAAUUGCCCGUAGGUGUGAAUGUGAGAGUGAUUGUUUGUCUCUAUAUGUGGCCCUGUGACAGACUGGUGACCUGUCCAGGGUGUCCCCUGCCUUCACCCGAGUCAGCUGGGAUAGGCUCUAGCCCCCCCCCCCCGCGACCCUAGUGAGGAUUAAGCGGUGUAUAGAUAAUGGAUGGAUGGAUGGGUCACUGAUCGCAACAACAAGCCAUCUGACUGUUCAAAGGAACGAAAUGAAAAGCCUGUGGGCUACUUUACCAUGAAUUGUCCUCUCAUGACGUUUUAACUGCACCACUUGUAGCACAAACAUGUUUCAUUACCUGUUGAGUUAUUAUUCUGUUAGCCAAGCUAACAAAUUAGCUAACUGACCAUUUGUGUAAUCACCAGCAGAUUUAUGGGAUGGCUCAGAGGGUAAUUUACCAGUGGUAGUCACAUCUCCAGCUGAACAGCUCACAUUAGCUUUUUUAAGAUAACUUUCAUUUUCUUGGCAUAGUACGGAGUUACCCCAGCAUCUGCCACCCCCCCAGGGCAGAAUGCAGGGUAGCUAGCUAACUAGCUAACCAGCUAACCAGCUGUAUUACAUUGUACAGUUUAAAGACUCAGGCCAGUGUUACGCCCUGAUCAUUCUCUGUUCACUGACAGCCACGGACACCACAGACGUGUAGUCAGUUAUACAGGGAGUCUACAAAGUCUGGACACAGGAAGUCUCAUUAACUAUCAUGUUUUUACCUCCACAGAUUAAAUAUGGCUUUGUGGAAAGAAGAAAGAGUUGAACUGGUACUUCUCAGUGAAGGAUGGACAUAUGGAAAGACAGCAGAUGAAUUUAAUCAUCCAAGGAGGAUUCCUCUUGGCUUUUCAACUGUGAUGAAGUUGGUUAAAAGUUAAAAGAAACGGGCAGUGUCAUGGACAAACCCUGUUCUGGACAACCAAAUGGAUCAGCCCAAACUAAAGGAUUGGUCAUGGCUAAAAUUCAUGCUAGCCCCAAAUAUCACCUCCCUAACCUUAACACUACCUAACCCUAACCCUAUCUUUCCGUAUGUCCAUUCUUCACAUCCACUGAGAAGUACCAUUUCAACUCUUUCUUCUUAGAGUUCUACUAUUAUACUACUGUUUCUAGUCCUCUAAUUACAGCUGCUCGUCCACGGCGUCCACAGCUGUCUGUGUGCACUUCGACAAAGGUACAACACAUCUAAUGUUUCUGAAGCAACCUUUUUCUUCCUUUUAGUAGUAAAAAUAUUACUGAUAUAUUUAAAAAUCCCUGUGAAGUGCGCUUUAAGACAUGUUACUGGAGUGUCUACAUCAGCAUACUGUCGGUACAGGAAGGUUUCAGCCCUUCACUGCUUUAUGUUCUCCUAUCAGGAGGACAGAAGAGUUGAUUUCCAUCCUGUGAUCGGUAGAAACCAUCCUCUCUGUUCUCUGUUAGACAGCCAGAGUUACAGAUGUGUUGUUUUUCUCCCAACAGCUCAUCAGUAAGGUCCUAUUUUAACGUCACCUCAUUUUAUUCUAUUGUACAAUAAUGUGUGACUCCAGUUUUAAUGUACUUUUUGUAAUGGUGCUAUCAAACUGGUCCUCUGUUUUCUGAGGACCGUACAUGUUGAACAGCUACAUUAUGUAUACUAACAGUAUACUUGAACUGAGCGUACGAAACAAUGUGCUUUGUGUGUGAAGCUAUAAUAAAGGUCUGAGUUACGGAGCAACCAAA